UUGCAAUCUCUCCCCGGAGGCGAUAUCAAGCUCUUGUGCGAUAUUGUGGUUGAGUGCGUUCGAGAGCUCACAGGCUACGACAGAGUCAUGGUGUACAAGUUCCACGAGGAUGAGCAUGGAGAAGUAGUGGCGGAGAACAAAAGAGCCGAUUUGGAGCCUUACAUGGGUUUGCACUACCCUGCCACUGAUAUCCCUCAAGCUUCCCGCUUCUUGUUCAGGCAGAAUAGGGGCAAAAUGAAAUCAAAAGGCUCGAAGGGAAAACGAGCUCAAGCACCGAUAUCUAGCAGCAAUGUGCUUAAUGUCAGUGAGGCCGAGUGUGAUGAUGUUGGAAUGGAUUCCUCAAGUGGGGAAGAGAUGGAAAUCGAAAAUGAUGCAAGUACGAGCAAGGUUCUUUGAUCUUUAUUUAUGGAUAAUCUGUUCUUUUAGGUUGAUGGAAACUACACGGAAGCCGUCAAAGCUGAAGUACUUGUUUUGUUUGGAUCGAUUCCUGAACUUGACCCUAAGAAUGUGGAGACUACAAUUCAGAAUGGCUGCUGAAGUUUUGGACAAGCCAUGUUGGAUCGCUGAUGUUGACUUUUUCACAAGCAGAAUAAUGUCUUAGUUUCGUAAGGUUCAAAUUGUAGUGUUGAUGGUACAUAGUUGAAGUUUCUGAGUUGUUGCCUUCGGUUUCACAGAACUAUGUGGGCUUGAUCUUCAAACUGGAAUGUUUGCUGAGGUGGUCUUUCGUGAUGAAUUUUGUUUUAGUUGAUGGGA